AUGCGCAUUGUCGUCUUCUUCACAAUGAGGGAUCUGGGCACUCUGGUGGGAAUGGAUGCUUUGGCGUAUCAGUGGCCUCGGACCCUGCUCUAUGCGUUUCCUCCGGUGGACCUGAUUCAGGCCACGGUGGAGAGGUUCCGUCAGGAGGCGCAGCGUUCUCUCCACUCUGCACUGGAACACCUGAUUUACUACAACCUUCAGUCGCGCCACUGCACCGAGGAAGAGCACACAGACACAGCAGUAAUGGGAGCGGUUGCUUCACAUGAUGGUGCUACAAAUAGUGGUACUUCAAAUACCAACAGUCAUAACGACAACCGUGUUGAUAACAGUCAUUCUGUAUCAGGACAAAACCAAAACAUAUCAGGCCAAAGCAAGAUCGACGGCGGAGUUACAUUUGGCAACAUGACCCAGACCACCACUCAGACCGCUCAACCCGGAACUCCCCAAAAAACUGUCUCACCCAGCAUCACCAUAGCCAACGUUACAGGUGGCAAAGUGCGUCUCUACUACAAGGUAGAGAAGAUUUCUCUCGAUGACCUCAUUGAGGGGAGUCAACUCAAGAAGGGCGAAUCCAUGCUCAUCCUGGAAGGCACCUUUAAGAAGACCCCCCUCCCUCAGAGCCUCUAUGUCACUGGCUUCCAAGUAGAAUGUAGCAAUACACAUAGCUGCCCUGAGGAAUCCCCACUGAAUGGGCUGGACAACCUCCUAGCAGAGUAUGCUGAGGGUCAGCCCAAGUCCUACAUCCUCACUGUUGACAAAGAUGUGAAGCUAGCCAAGAAAGGAGAGAUCUGGGUGGAUGAGGACGGGGUGGAUCACAACCCCAAAAAGUAACGCCACCAGGAAACCUCCUGUAUCUUAACACCCUUUAUUAAUCACAGAUUAAACUACAUACAAAUUAUUGAUUAAAAAUAAAGAUAAGUGAAAUAGUGCUUCAAGAUACACUGAGUGUAUGGUAGAAAUCAGCAAUGUAAUCAAUGUUUUUUUACGAAUAAAUACGUUACUGAUAAAAUAAUUUGUGUUUAAAGAUAAAUGAUGAAAUAAUUCUACCCUGAAACCUAACUAUUAGUGAUAUAGUUUAUGCAGCAUGUAUAAUGAGUAAUUAAAAUGUUAAACAUAAGUCUAACUGGGUUGGACUGGGAAAGAGAGGAAUGUGUGUGAUAUACAGUGUUGUGAACUCUGGAGAAGGAGAUAACUCUCCUAAAGUUUCGUGUGUAUGUGUGUGCGUAAAGAAGGAGCCUGGUAUAAAAUAGAGGUCUUUGUAUAUGAACUGCAGAGUGCCCUCGUAAAUAAACAUUUUGACUAUUGUAA